GACGUAAUAGAAGCUUCCAAGCUUCCCGGCGCCAUUUUUAGUUGUCUGAACAAUUAGAGCGGGUCUUGCUAAGUUUCUUUCUCAGAUCUUCAAGCGACUGGGGGCUUCUGCCUCUCUUGUCUGUUUCCUAGGCUGUAUUUCUUCACUUCCUUCCGCAAAGUCAUCCACGCCACCCUGUUACAGAGGGGCGGUGUGCCCCCCCCCAACAUUGCUUUUCCAAUUCUUGUCUCUGUGUUGGAGAACUCGGGAGAACGCCCCCUCCUGCUUCGCGAUCCACUUUCACUUUUCCUUUUCCACUUCCACUUCCCUUAGCGACGGCUGAGUGGCGAGUUCUUCCCCGUGUCCCGCUUCUUUUGCUCCGAAUUCUCCAGGCCGGCGGCAGGAGGAGGACAGCGAUAAGCGAGGGAUUGGGCUGGGAAGCGAGAGAGUUGCCUUCCUCUCCCUUCCUGGACCAGCGGCGAUUUCCCCGGUCCUCGAGGUACAUCUGACAGAGACCCACAAUGUCAAACACUCCCCGCUGCAAACUAGUUGACUAUUUUGAAGAGCUGAAUGAAGAGGAAUUUGAGAAAUUUAAGAUGCACCUCGAGGACUACCCAGUGGAGAAGGGCUACAAGCCCAUUCGUCGCUCCAAAACUGAGAAAGCUACCCACAUUGAAAUAGCCCGAUACAUGAUUGAGGCAUAUGAUGAUGCCAAGGCCCUGAAGGUGACCGUCAGCAUUCUGGACAGAAUAAAUAAAAAGGAUCUGGCUGCAAGAAUCCAAAACAAGAUGCCGGAAUAUUUCCUUCCAAAACCAUCCGCCAUGACUAAAAGAGACAAAAAGGCACGAGAAAAGAAAAUGCUGUCAAAUCUAUGUGACAAGUUUUCUGGGAUUCCAAAGAAAGUUGAAGUGAUCUUGGAUCCCAAGACAGCUUAUCCUGCUCUCAUCCUUUCAGAAGAUCAGAAAGGGGUACAUAUGGGGGAGCAUUCCCAGCUCCUUUUUGACAAUCCCGAGCGCUUCUGUUUUUUGCCAGGUGUCCUGGGAGCAGAAGGCAUUGACUCUGGGACUCUAGAAUGGGUGGUAGAAGUAGGCAAGGCCAAAGAGUGGGCCGUUGGGAUUGCUCGGGAAUCAGUAGAAAGAAAAUAUUCAGACGAUAUCACCAUUACUCAAGGAUUCUGGGUACUGCAGCUAACACAAGGAGAGUACCAAGCUUCUACAAGCCCUCCCAUCAAACUUACACUUUGGAAAUCACCACAACGUAUUUUGAUUGUCCUGAAGCAUGAUUUUGAUAGACUCAUCUUUUACAAUGCUGACUCAAUGGAUCAUAUCUUUAAUUUUAAUUAUCCAUUUUCUGAGAAAGUGUUCCCUUUUCUCUUAGUGAGGGACAAAGAGACUCCCUUGAAAAUCUCUCCAAGAACUUCAGUGACAAGACAUGGAGAGGAAAAGGAAAAUUAGUUUUGAAUCAUUUGUUUAUUUACUCUGGAACAGUUUCUUUUAGAAUGACUGAGUUUAUUGUUUUAUUAAUCUUUGAUUCUUGCCUGAAAUGUUUUUGAACCUUCAAUCUAUAUCUUAAUAAAGAAUAUAUAGAUUCAUGGUAGAUAGAGAUGGUUUUUUGUUUAAAUGCUUGCUGUUUUCUCAUUAUUGUGUUCUGCAUAUUUUUAUUUAAUGUUUUAAUGUAAAUUAUUGUUUUAAUCGAUGAUUUUGUUGUAAGCAUUUUUCUGACUUUAAAAUAUGAAACAGAAAUAUGUACAGCUCAGUGUUUGAUAUUUUAGUUGUUGUGUGAACUUGAUUGUUGUUUGUAGAAAUUUGAUUACCCAACUUGGUAAUAUCAUCAGUGUGAAUGAGUAUGGGGUUUGCUGCCUGUUCAUGUGUAGUAGCUUGCUUACCAAUUUAUGUGUAGCAGCUUGCUUUACCAGUUCUGGCAGUAAUAUGAUUUCUUCCUUGGUGGUUCCCAUCCAUUCCAAGAACUCCACAAAUAUGAAACCUUGUACUAGUUUUUAUAACUGAAUUAACUAGUUUAAUAUUUUAUUUUUCAUGUUCUAAAAACAUUUGAAUUGCUUUCAUUUCUUAACUGAGCAGAAAUAUAGAUUAUGGUAUAGAUUGAUUAAAUCAUUUAAUGAUAAUGAGGAAUAAAUGAAUGAUAGAUAACAACGUAAA